AUGGUCCAGAAUAUAUACAGGUCAGCGGCGGGGCUCGAACUUGAUGAUCUCCUCGUAGAUGGCCCACGCAAUCGCCGCGCUGAAGGCUUUCCUGCCGAUCCGGAGCGAGAUACCGUCAAACAGACGCGUCCAGUGGCUGGCUACCAGAACGCGGCAGGUCUGCCAGAACGUCGGGCACGUGUGCGGGCUGAGCUGCAUGUUGGUCUUGAUCGUGUCGAACGGCGACGUGAGCGCGGUGGCCAUGCACGCAGCCACCAGAGCAGAACACGAGUUGAUGGCCAGUUUGGGCAAUUUCGACGACGAGGGCAGGGUGUCUGUCUGGGGCUGCAGUUUGACGAGGCUGGUGCGCACGGCGUUCAGGGAGGUGAGGUAGAGGGCGGAGCCGAUGGACGUUCGCAGCGCGCUGGGCAGCGUGCCGCGCCAGAGCUCGAGCGGCGAGCGGAUCUGGGCAACGACGUUUCUGAAGGAGGUUUUGUCCUGCUGGAUCCGCGUCUUCAGUAG